AUGGAACUCUUAUCGCAGCUUCUGGGGACUCUGUGGGGCAUUUUUAGAUGCUUCCUGCUCAUGAUCUGGGUCGAGCCGUGGAGUAAGCCAUCUACCACAGGAGAUGCAAAAGACGCGAGCACAUAUGAUGAGUAUAGAGCCUGGCAAUACGAAUACGAUGCUAUACACGGAGUUGAUGACUGGGUUAUCGUGGACCAUGAUCCGAGCUAUGACUGGCAGAUCGUCCGGAGUCUGAAGAGAGAUCUCGAGCGCUGUCGUAAGUCAGGCGAUGAUCGCGGACUUUGCAGUCAGCUCAGGGCGCAGAGCUCCCGCAACAUGGGACGGAUUCUGUCACCCGCGCUCUAUCGAAAAUCGCAUGUCCAGACAAAAUGCCUCAUCUACGACUAUAUUAAGGAGGUCCGGCAAUGCAUUGCUCAUAUUGCCCACCAGACAUCUACCGGCAAUAUGACUACCCUUGUUUCAGCCCAGGAGAAGCGGCAGGUACUUCAGGAUAUGCGUACAGCACUCGGCCGGACAAGUCUUGUUCUACAAGGAGGUGCGAUGAUCAGCAUGUGCCAUCUGGGAGUAGUCAAGGCACUAUAUCAGCAACGACUGCUCCCGCAAAUCAUCACCGGCACUGGCACAGGGGCUUUGAUUGCUGGUCUCGUCGGCUCCACCACAAAUGGGAACCUUCUCGCCGUACUGGACGGCACGCACAUCAACCUUGACGCCUUCCUCCGAGUUCAGCUCCAACGCACCAACGGCCAAACUUCAUCUUGGUUCGGCUCAUCCUUUUUGACAACGGUGCGACGUCGAUACAAGAGAUACCGCACCACGAAGCACUUCUUCGACAUCGAUGUUCUCCGGAACUGUGCUCGAGACAAUCUGGGUGACAUCACCUUCGAAGAGGCGUAUGCGAAGACUGGCCGGAUCUUGAAUAUCACAAUUGCCAUGUCGGAAGUGGCAGGGACUCCUCAACUGUUAAACUACAUUACUGCGCCUCACGUUCUGAUCUGGUCGGCCGUCACUGCAUCAGUCGCGACGUCCAAGGACAUGUAUGCGCCAGUCCAUCUACUCUGUAAAAGUGAGACGGGCGCCAUCAAGUUGCAUUUCGCUGCCGACUUUUCAGAGAAAGGAUGUGCUCACCAGGCUUCGGCUCAUCCAGAAGCACCUCUGACACGGAUCGGAGAACUGUUCAACGUCAACCAUUUCAUCGUGUCACAGACAAGACCCUAUGUCGCUCCUUUUCUUCAGCUGCAAAGGGCUGCCGACUAUCAUCAGCCACUAGGCAAGAUAUUGCGUCUAGGCAUGAACGAGCUUCUGCACUGGCUAGAAAUCUUGAACGGCUUCAGCCUUCUCCCGACGUUCCUCCAGCGUGUCUUGAUGGAUGAGGUUGUACCGAGCUUCGCGUCUUGGUCGAAAAUUUCCGUCACUCCAGGAAUUGGUCUCUUCGACCUGUUUCGCAUGUUUGACAACCCCACGGCAGAGAAAUUGCAGAAGUGGACUGCUCGAGGAGAGCGAUGUACCUGGCCCUAUAUCUGCGAGCUCAAGUGCAGGUGCGACAUUGAGCUCGAGCUGGACGCUGCAUAUGCAAGUAUCCGUCGACACGCGAUAGUCCCAACAGUAUCAGCUUGA